AUGACAACCUCGGAUCAAGUGAAGUCAAAUCUGCUCGACGAAACAUAUCACUCUAUACUUGAAAUUUGCCAAUGGCAAGGGCGCAAGGUCGUGUUGAAACGAUGUCGACAUCAAGAUGACCCACGAACCCCAAGUCGUUUCCAGAAUGAGGUCGAUGCCUUAAAGGCUGCGAAUACACAUGACAGCAUUGCCAAGAUCCUUGAUUUUGACUCGCAACGACUCACCAUCAUCCUUCGGCUCGAAUCUGGACAGAGUCUCGACAAAUUCGUUAACACUGAUAUGACCUCUACCUUAUCGUUUUUAGAGUGCACGACUAUAUGGAAGCAGAUCGCCGGAGCUCUAACAUACUUACAUUCACAAUCCAUCAUCCAUGAUGAUGUCAAGCCGGAUAAUAUCAUGUGGUCAAGCGACCAUCAACGUUGCGUACUGAUAGAUCUCGGUGCAGCGCUUAUCGAUAUGCCAGAGGAUUACUUCAAUCCCUCAGGGACUCCCAACUAUGCGCCUCCCGAAUUUCUAAGCCGGAAGAAGAAUGCAAAGGGGGACAUCUGGGGCCUCGGAAUCACUAUGCUCUACGCAUUUGGCUUCAUACCUCUGCCUGCUGGAGAAUGGAUUUUGCCCCAUGCUCUCGAGCAGGGUUCUGAAGCGCGCAAGGAAAUGGUGGAAUGGCUUGAAAAAGUAGAGCAGUUGCGUGUCGGCCUUCUUGAGAGUGACCCAAUUGCUGCGUCAAUGUUGGCUACGAACCUGGAUGUAAGGAUUAGUAGCAAUGAGCUGUCACGUCAACUGGAAAGCAUAUAA